CGGGGCCGUAAAUUGCUGCCUCUGGCCUUUAUUUUUCUGCUGGCAAGAUUUAAUCCUGUUUCUUCGUUUUGUCUUUUUGUUUGUUUGUUGUCGCUUGCACGCAUUCAAACCCUCGUCCCCCGCCCCCAUUUGUUCCCCCCCUCUCCUGGGCUUUGACGCCAGUUGACUCACCUCGCCGGGAGCCCCCUCCUGGUCCCGGGCGGGCCUAGCACGGAGGCGGUAGCUAUGGAGAAUAUGGCGGAGGAGGAGCUGCUGCCCCUGGAGGAGGAGGAGGCAGAGGUGGCCCAGGGCCAGGUUCCGACCCCGGCCCCGGCCGCGGACUCGGCCCCGGCCCCGGCUCCAGCGCCAGCCCCGAUGCCAGCCUCGGCUCCGGCGCCGGCCCCGGCCUCGGCUCCCGCCGCAGCCCCCGCCCUGGCCCCGGCUCCGGCCCUGUCCCCGUCCCUAGCCUCUGCCCCCGAGGAGGCUCAAGGCAAUGGUCUAAUUAGCCCUUUGAAAUCAGUCAUAACUAUGCAAGAUGAAGAUGGCAUAUCUGAAAUAGAAUUGAAAAUUGAGGGAAAAGUAACAGAAGAAACUAUAAAAGAACCUAGCAUCUUGGACUCGUCUGAUUUAGCAAGAGAGAGACACAUCUCAAUUCAAAGGGAACUUGCUGAUCUGGAGAAGUUAGCUUUUGUAACUGAAGGGGAUUUUGAUUCUGCAAGUUCAUUGAACGCACUUGAUACAGGAAACAAACAGACCUGUCCUUUGUGCCCUAAUGAAAAACUAAGAGCUUGUAAUAGUCAUAAACUUCGUCGUCAUCUUCAGAAUUUACACUGGAAAGUCUCAGUUGAAUAUGAAGGUUACAGGAUGUGCAUCUGUCACUUACCUUGUCGACCAGUAAAACCAAACAUUAUUGGAGAACAGAUAUCCAGUAAAAUGGGCGCCCAUUAUCAUUGUAUCAUUUGUUCAGCAACAAUUACUCGAAGGACCGAUAUGUUAGGCCAUAUUAGGCGCCAUGUGAAUAAAGGGGAGACAAAAUCCAGGUAUUUUGCUGCUUCUGCUAUUAAACCACCUAAUGAAAUUUUGAAAGAGGCAGACACAGAUGUGCAAGUUUGUCCUAACUAUUCCAUACCUCAGAAAACAGAUUCUUAUUUUAAUCCCAAAAUGAAACUAAAUCGACAGCUAAUAUUCUGUACGCUGGCUGCUUUGGCUGGAGAACGAAGCCCUCUGGAGUGUCUAGAUGCCUUUGGAGCCACUGGGAUAAUGGGAUUACAAUGGGCAAAGCAUCUCGGAAAUGCUGUAAAGGUUACAAUUAAUGAUUUGAAUGAAAACUCAGUGACUCUGAUUCAGGAAAACUGCCAUUUAAACAAGUUGAAAGUAGUGGUGGACAAUAAAGAAAAGGAGGAGCGUGAUGCUGUUCUUGAAGAAGGGGAGGAGAACCUGGGCAAUAUCAAGGUGACCAAAAUGGACGCCAAUGUGCUGAUGCAUUUGAGAGCUUUUGAUUUCAUACACCUAGACCCUUUUGGAACAUCAGUGAACUAUCUAGAUUCUGCUUUCAGAAAUAUAAGAAAUCUUGGCAUAGUGUCAGUGACUUCUACAGAUAUCAGUUCUCUGUAUGCCAAGGCACAGCAUGUUGCCCGACGUCAUUAUGGCUGUAACAUUGUCCGAACGGAGUAUUAUAAGGAACUAGCAGCCAGAAUUGUUGUAGCUGCAGUGGCAAGAGCUGCAGCCCGAUGUAACAAAGGCAUAGAAGUCCUGUUUGCAGUAGCUCUGGAACAUUUUGUGUUAGUUGUCGUGAGAGUUUUGAGGGGACCUACCUCAGCCGAUGAAACAGCCAAGAAGAUUCAGUACCUUAUCCAUUGUCAGUGGUGUGAAGAGAGAAUUUUCCAGAAGGAUGGUAAUAUGGUAGAAGAAAACCCAUAUAGACAGCUACCUUGUAACUGUCAUGGAAGCAUGCCUGGAAAGACAGCAAUAGAACUGGGACCUCUUUGGUCAAGUUCCCUUUUUAACACUGGAUUCCUCAAAAGAAUGUUGCUUCAGUCUCUGCACCAUGGCUUAGAGGACAUUCAGACCCUAAUAAAGACAUUAAUCUUUGAAUCCGAGUGUACUCCUCAAAGUCACUCUUCAGGUCGUCCGUCUUCAGUUGUCAGCAAACAAGAAGAAUAUGGUGUAUGUACUAAAGCUUCAGAUGAUACCUCAACUGAUAAUUACAUUACGCAAGGAAAGAGAAAAGGUCAUGAAAUUAUUACAAAUUUAGCCAAGAAGCAAAAGGCUGAUAUCAGUACUGAACAUCCCCCCUUUUAUUACAACAUCCACAGACACAGCAUUAAAGGAAUGAACAUGCCAAAGCUAAAGAAGUUUUUGUGCUAUCUUUCUCAAGCAGGCUUUCGAGUAAGCCGAACUCAUUUUGACCCAAUGGGUGUUCGUACAGAUGCACCUCUGCUGCAGUUUAAAUCUAUCCUUUUAAAAUACAGCACCCCAACCUACACUGGAGGACAAUCAGAAGGUCUUGUCCAAUCAGCACCUGAAGAUACAGUAGCUGACAGAGUCGAAGUGUCAGUGAACGAGAAAGCAGAAGCAAGCAACUGCAGAAGAUGGUAAAUGAAGAGGAGUUUAUUCCUAGAUAUCUGCGUAGAUGACCUGCGUGUGCUCAAUGCCAACCAACUGUAGUGCUUUUUCUAUACUUUCAGUUCGGUAGUGUAAAAAUAAAAACAGUGCUGUUUUCACUCAGCAAAUUAGCAGUUUCUAACUUGGCUGGUUUGGGAGCUAUGCUUUUCCAAGUUUUUCUUAUUUUAAAGAAAACUUUAAAAUUUUUAAUGAAAACAUUUCAUAUAUUGAACCAAGUUUCUCAGAUCACCCUAUUGCUUAAUAACUCAGAAUUUUAUGUUGUAGAAGCCAUCUUUUAAACACUCUUUACUUCCUGAUUUUAUUUUUGUUUUUCUAUUUAUAAGUACAAAAUUAACCCAGAAACCUUUCAGAUAUGAAAAUGACCCUGAACAGACACAGCACUUCUCCAGGUCACUUGUGCAUCUGUUACAAUAAUAUUCCAGUUUAAGAAACCCUACCUCUGCACAUUGAUCUUUUAAGUUAUUAUUAUUACACUAGUUAAAUUUUACCUGCCUAAGAUAGAAAUAAUACUUUUCUUAACAGAUUUGAGGUCUACAUAGUUAGACUUGCAUAGCAAAAUUUUAUCAAAGUAAAUUGAAACCCGUGUUCAUAAUGCUGAAUCUUCUGAAGAGAUGUUGUAGUAAACUGGCUGGGUGAUUUUGAGUGCCACAGUUAAUGCACGUACAGCAUUCAUUCGCCUGGUUGUGCUAGCUCUCAGAAGUACAAUUUGUCACAUGAAAAAGUAAGGGUUUUUAUUUGUUUGAUUUUUGUGUGUGUGCGCGCAUGUUAAUUUUUUGUAUAAGUAUCCCAGGCUAACAUGACGAUAAAAAUUAGCUGAACAAAGUUUUUGUUUCUACUAAUAAAUAUUGUUCUUUCA